AUGAAACCGAUUCGUAAACGUUCUUCGAUCUAUCAAGAUGUUGAUUGCUCAUUUACAGUAAGUUUUUGGGAUGAAUUUUUGUUGUAAACUCAAAAUUGAAUGCGGUUAGACAACAUAAUUUUUUUGAAGAUUAAAUGAAAUUCUAAAAUUGAAUGUUUUAUUUCCAUUUUUUGAUCAGUUCAAGUCCAGACAAUUUGAAGUCAGAGACUUUGUGGGUGGUCUCGAUCAACCAAAAAAUCUGUCUGAUCACCUUUAAUGACAAUUGAUAUUAUUUUUCAAGUAAUUGUAGGAUUUGAAAAACAUUACAAUAUCGAAAAGUCGGAAAACUUAUGUCGUCGCAAACCGAGCAGAACUUUUUGUUACUGUUUAUUUCAUUUUGUUUCUAAAAAUUAAGUUCCCUCUAAAAAAAACUUUGAAAAUUUUGCUUUGAUAUUCUUUUAAAAAAGAGCCUCUAAAAAAUUAUUGUGAGUUUUUUGUUUCGGAUCUUUCUGUACAAUUUUCAGUGUGCUCUGAUUAAAAAUCUUUUGAAAAUAUACAUUUUUGAGGUUGAUAAAAAACGCGUAAAAGCUCAAAUAUUUUCAAGAGAGAAAUUAAUCAUUGAUGUAUUUUUCCUGAAUUCUUAAAUAGAAUCACUCCAAUUUCCAAGAAAGGUUCAGAGUUUUUUAUCUUUGAAGUAUUUUUAGCAUUUUUAUCUCACAUACAGUUGUUGAGGUUGCUUUUGGUUAAUAAAAAUAGAAUCGAUUUUUUUCUAACAGAAAAUAGUGUUUUAAGUAAACUUAAAUUGUACUUUUUAUUUCAAAAUGUAGACCAGGAAGCUCAAAAUCAGAAAAUGUAUGACUAAUAUGAACAAUCUCUAAUUUUCAGAUAAUUAUAGGUUGUUUGGAAUUUCAAAAAAGACUCGUAAUUAUAAAAAGGUUGAUAGAAGGGAUUUUCUCAAAUAUAUUGGGGGAGGGUAUGUAUUGUAUGUAGAAUAACCAAAAUUCAAUUUAAGUAAAAAAUUCCCAACUGUUUUCAACUCGUUUGUUUAGAAAAAAAGAGAACAUAUGUAGAAGGAAUGAACAAAUUGAUUUGAUUUUCUUUGUCAAUAAGCUUACAUUAAAAGUCCUUUGAGGAAUGUAUUAAUUAGAACAUCAAAUGAGCUUAACUUAUUUUUAUAUCGCAAUCCACCUUCAAUCAAGUCACUAAUGAUGAGAACCUGAUUUAAGUUGAAAAUUCGACUGUGACUUGAAAAAGUUUUUACAUUUAGUUAGGCCCAGGUAGAACAAUAACUUUGUAGCAUGAAUUUGAAAUAUCUGGAAUUCUGAAAAUAAUGAUCAAAUUGUAUGAUCCCUAAUUCAUGUUAUUGAAAAGAUUCAACAAAAGCUUGUGAUUUCAAGAUCAUAAGGUUUGAAAAUAGAACAUCAAAAAUUAUCAGUAUCUAUUUUUAUCACGGCAAUUUCCCUAGACUACACAAUAGUUCCAAUGUCAGUUAUGUGUUCCAAAAUAUUAUAAAACCAAAUGAAUUUUUGAUUCAUAUUUUCUUUCCACCUUCCACCUUUCACUUUUCACUUGAUUUUUGUUUUUCUCAUAGUUCACCACCACCAAAAAAUCAUUAUUCUUUGAAGCGUGCAAAAUGUGUACUCAAAGUUCAACUUGAAUAUUUCAAUCAAAGCAUUUUUUUUCUUUUUUUCAUGUGAGAUGGCAUAUUUUUCUCUUUCUUCUACUUUAUUGAAUUCCAGCCAUAAAAACCCUUUUCAUUAUAAAAUGAAUACAUCAAAGAAUAGAAAUGAUUGGGUCGAAUCUUCGUGAGAAAUAUUUUUUGCUGCUCUUUUUUCUCUUUUUUUAUUUAGUUGAAGCCAAAGCUAAAGUCUAUAUAUCGAAUUCCUUUUGAAAAUCACGUCAUUCUCAAAAAAAACAUUGUUUUAUAAUAUCUCUAUCUUGAAAACCGAACCAAAAACUCGGGGAGGUCUAUAAAAUGAAAAUUGAGCAAUUAUGGAAUAAGAAGAAAAAAAAGUGGACAGAGAAGGUUAAAGAUGAAGAUGAAGAAAAAUAGACAGAAAGAUGAAGAGGUUUCGGAUAUCUGAGAUUUUUUAUAUAUUUUUUUUUUCUUUCAGAAUGUAAGUAAAUAUAUAAAUUGUUCGUUUUUCUUCGCAAUAAUAAUUAUUUUUGUGUUUUUAUUUUCGGUUUUCUUUAUUUUUUCGUCAGAAACUGAUAUGUUAAUCCCUGAAAGAAUAAUCCUUUUUGACCUUGAUGUUUCCAGAGUUUUGAAACAUAGAUUUAUGAGAUAUGGGCAUAUUACUUAUUAAAUAUGAGUAAAUAUCAAAUUUCAUAGAUUCAGAAUAUCAAUCAACCAUCUCAUUUUUUCUACGUCUAACAAGUUUUUUGAGUAUCAAUUUUCUCCCUCCCUCCCUAGCUCCCAAAAAUUUUUAUUCCAUGUUUUCUUUCUUCUCCACCACAGACAGCUCUUUCUUUGAAAAAAAUCAAGUUUUUUUGGCUCUACCUAAAUUUCAAACAACGAAAAAACGAAGAAAGCUUCAUCUUCUAAGUAAGGAGUCUUCUUUUUUUCUGUCGAUUGUUCCAAAGAAUGAAAAAUUCGCCUUUUUUCGAGACUCCGCCUUUUUUCGGGCGGGUGACAAGCACUAUUUAUCUGGUCUCCUCGAUUUUUUUUUCGUUUUCCGAACUUUUACAAGAUUUUUCAUUUUCUAUUUGUUUUCGUUUUUAGACGAAAUCAUUUUUUUCCAGAUAAAUAAAAUUAUAUAAUGUAUGAUAUCGAUCAACCUGAUCUUUCAGUCAAGGUAUGUCGGAUUGAAAAUGUUAUUUUUUUUAAAUACAUUUUUUUGAGUUAGAAGAAUUUAGUUAAGGAGAGAAAUCCCAUAGGUGAAUACAUUUCUCUUCGAAUAAUGUUUUUCAUUAUAGACCUAUAAAAAGUUUUUAGUUUGAACCUGAAAUUCGGAAGUUGAAAGUUGAAAUUCGACACUUUUGCACUUAUAUUUUGUUCAUAGAUCCAAAAGUGUCUUCUAACUUUUUUUUAAAUAGAAAUUCUGAUCAUUUUCAGAUCAAUGAGAAAUGUUGCUCUAAAUUGAAUCAGUUAGUCAAAACCAAAUUAACGCUCUGAAUAAAUUCAAUUCACAUCUACUCAACUUCUUUUCACAACUCACACAUACAUACAAACUUUUAAAAAAUCAUAAAUCAUAAACCAAAAUAUUCUUAUUCUCAAGAGAACAAAAGUGCAAGAUGAUUAAGCGAUAAUUAGGUUUCAAGUGGAUCACGGGAAAUUGAAGCGUAAAGAUCUUUGCUAUUUUCGUUUUUUUCAGGUUAUGCUUCUCGGUGAUUCAUGUACCGGAAAAACAUGUCUACUUGUCAGAUAUAAAGAUGGAGCAUUUUUGAACAACAAUUUUAUAUCUACUGUUGGCAUUGAUUAUAGGGUUGGUGUUGUUUUGACAAUUGAAAAACCAAAGAAUAAAUGUUUUUUUUUUCAGAACAAAGUGAUUGAUUUGGAUGACAAGAAAGUCAAACUUCAGGUAAUCUGAAACCACUAUAAAUUUAAUCGAAAAAAUAAUGAAAAAAUUUUAAAAUCAAAAUUUAAGUCAGGGUUAUUUCGAAAUUGCUGUUCUGAUUGUGGUCAACCUAGAGAAAUUCUACGAAAAAACUGUUUUAGGAAACUAGCUUUUGAUGAAACAUUAGAACAUUGUCAAAUGUACUAGUUGCUGAAAAAAAACUAUUUUCAAAACCUAAUUUCAGAUUUGGGACACUGCUGGUCAAGAAAGAUUCCGUUCAGUAACAGCUGCAUAUUAUCGUGAUGCUGACGCGCUUCUUCUUGUUUACGAUAUUGGAAAUCGGACAAGUUUCGAAAAUAUUCGAGUAAACACGCAAUUUUUCCAUAUAAAUAUCCAUGUUUUUCCCCUUUUUUCCAGAGUUGGUUGGCACAAAUAAAAGAGUAUGGAAAGGAAUCGGUGAAAGUGACACUUGUAGCCAACAAAUGCGAUUUAGGCAGUUCGAGAAAAGUGAAAUCUGAAGAAGGCAGAUCGUUAGCCAAGGUUUGUUUUUCUCUUCUUUUUUUUCGAUUUCUGGAGAAGCGUCAACGAAAAAAAAACAUACACAAAUUAAUUAGGUAUUUUUUGGCAACCUAAAUUCAAUUUAUGUACAUUUCAAGCAAGCACGAAAAUUUCACAUAUAAUGAAUAAAUCAAGCAAUUUGGAGCUAUAAAAUAGACAAGCAAAAUGACGACAUUGAAAUUUGAUAUAUUGACCACUUUUGGGAUCAGAAUGAGAAAAAAGGACAAAAAAAGAAUGAAAAAAGAAUUGUUAAAUAAUUGCAGGGUUCAAGAUUUAUUUAUGAGAGUUUUUUGUUUCAGGCAUAUGGUAUUCCGUACAUUGAGACUUCGGCCAAAACUGGACACAAUGUUGACAAAUCUUUCACUGAUAUUGCAAGGUGAGUUAUCAUUGAUAAGAAUUAUGUUUUUUCAUGAAUAAGAAAAUUUUAAAAACAGUAGAUUCUUGAAAAUAAAAAAGCCUCAAUAUGAAUAACCACAAUUCUCGAGAAACCGGAAAUUUGUGUUUUCUAGUUUGGAAAAUUGGAAAAGAGCCACAAACUACAAAAUCCCACGAGAAGUGUUUUAUAGGGUUUCAUAGGAAUUUUUGUUUUCCAGAAAGCGUUUAUAUUUUCUGACUGAGAACGCUGUCGGGUACAAAAUUAUGAAUUUUUUAAUUUAGUGGAACUAUUCACGAUUCCAAAUGUGACAGAGAAAAAUUUUGAAAAUAGAGAAGACAAUUCCGAAAUGUCUGAAAAACUUUUGAAUUAAAAAAAAUGUAUCAAGAGAAUAGAUGACAUUCUAGACAAUCAAAAGUUUUGAUUUGUUUAUCGAUAAAUUUUCAGUUUGAUCCAGGUAAUUUGCAAAGUUAGUGACGUCAUUUGUACAAUAUGCCUUUCUUUAGCAACACCACAAUGUUGAAUUUCUAAUAACUCUAUAAAAUACUCUUUUCCAAGGAUAAUUCAAAAACAUUUUUUCCCUGAAAUUUCUUCAAAGUACAUCCAUCUCUCAUAAAAAAGGAUGUACUAAAAUCAGAAAACCAAAAAAGUUUCGAAUUUCAGACGUCUUCUAGCCGCUCAACUUGGAACACAAUACGAAGGAAGUGCAGUAGUCGAUCUUGCCACAGAUGAACCGGAAACUAAAUGUUGCUACUAUUAUUAG